AUGGAUAGCACAGCGAAAGCAAGUAAGAAGGAUAUUCAAUAUGGGCCACACAAAGAAGUCAAAUUGCCUACCAGUGAAGCACUUCUCGACUACCACUGUCAAAUAAAGGAAAAUGCAGUAGAACGAUUUAUGGCUCAAAUAAGAAGACUUAGAGAAAAGAACCAAAAGUAUCAAGAAAGAAACAAACACUUGAAGGACGAACAGACUUGGCACAUACGGAACCUACUAAAGGAGCUGAGUGAAGAGAAGUCAGACGGGUUACCAGUUGUAACAAGAGAAGAUGUUGAAAAUGCAAUGAAGGAGAAAUGGAAGUUUGAAAGAGAUCAGGAGGAAAACUUGAAAGAUAUGCGCAUGCAAAUAAGUAAUGCUGAGAAACUAUUUCUUGAGAAACUCAGUGAAAAGGAAUACUGGGAAGAAUACAAGAAUGUAGGCAGUGAACAGCAUGCUAAACUCAUUACCUCCUUGCAGAAUGACAUCAGUAGAGUUAAAGAAAAUGCGGAGAAAAUGUCAGAACACUAUAAAGUCACUCUGGAAGAUGCUAGAAAGAAAAUAAUCAGAGAAACUUUGUUGCAACUGGAUCAAAAGAAGGAAUGGGCCACACAGAAUGCCAUACGGUUCAUUGACAAGGGCAGCUACCGAGAGAUCUGGGAGAAUGACUGGCUGAAAAAGGAGAUUGCAAACCACAAGAAGGAAGUUGAAAAAUUGGAAAACAUUAUUCAUGAACUGGAAGAAGAAAAUUUGGUGCUUAUUGAUCAACUAUUCAACUGUAGACUUGUGGAUCUCAAAAUACCCAGGCAACUAUAUCUUACUCAAGCUGCUGGACUGAAAGCUCCACCUAAAGCGCCUUUGGAGUUGCCAGAAAUAUAUGUUGUAUUCAUCCAAAAAUUGCAACCUUCAGAAGUAAAAGGUAGAGACCUCAUGAGCUCAUCAGCAGAGGACAGUGCUUUGUAUCUCAGUCAUGAGGAUGGUAUCAGAUAUGCCAAGCAAGGGCAGACAGAUGAAGAAAACAGCUCAUGUAUAGAGUUUGGUCCCUCUGAUAUUAAAUACUUACUAUAUGAGGAUGAGAAGGAUUUCAAGGAUUAUGUAAACCUGGGGCCCCUGCAAGUGAAGCUCAUGAGUGUGAAGAGCCAGAAAAUGCCCAUUCAUUUUCAAGAGAAAGAAAUUCCAGUCAGAUGUUAUGAAGACGUCAGGCGCCCAGAAAGCCGCAUCACAUAUAAAAUGAUGAAGUCUUUUCUCUAAG